GAUUAAGCUGCAGGCGCGCGGGAGUCUGUGACUCUGGAGGCCAGGUUUGCUGGCAGCUCCCGCGGCUGGGCUGCACAUCUGCUGUCGGCCUGCAACUCUCAGCGAGUGCACAGACUUGACGCUGAACAGGCAGUGAAGAGGAACAACGGUCACGGGUGAAUUCCCUCCAGCCACACCUGCGAGGCGCGUGUCAAGUCUCCCUGCUAGCCUGCAGUUCCUUCUCUACCGGGUUGUUCGCCCAGAUGUGGUGUGACCGGUUGUUGUCCUGCCUCUGUGACUUCUUUGUGGUGAUGAGCCAUAACCUGGAAUUGUUCUAACACAGGACAUCGACUCCCAACUGUCUACAAGAGUCUUCUGGAAGAAAGGAGAAGACUGGAGGAGUAUUUUGGGUGCAGAGGUCAUCAGUGAGGAUAUCUGUGCUCAAGGUCUUCAUGAAGUUCUCUUUCAGAUGGACCAGGUCCUCAGUCACAGGCCCCUGGUCACUAAUAUUUAUUCUCUUUACCAUACGAUAUGAAUAUGGGAGUGGCAAGAAAUACGGCGGCCCUUGUGGAGGAAGAAACUGCUCUGUCUGCCAGUGUUUUCCUGAGAAGGGAUCGCGGGGUCAACCAGGACCACUGGGGCCACAGGGACCAAUAGGGCCCUUGGGACCCCCAGGACCCAUUGGGAUUCCAGGAGAGAAGGGUCUGAGAGGUGACAGUGGCCUGCCUGGAGCAGCAGGAGAGAAAGGAGACAAGGGUCCAACUGGUGUCCCUGGAUUUCCAGGUUUGGAUGGCAUACCUGGUCAUCCGGGGCCUCCCGGACCCAGAGGCAAACCUGGUGUGGAUGGCUUCAGCGGCUCAAGAGGUGAUCCAGGGCUUCCAGGAGAACGAGGAGCUCCUGGCCCAAGAGGCCCCCCUGGUCACCCUGGGGAAAAUGGAGAAAAAGGAAGGUCGGUGUUCAUUUCAGGGGGCAUUAAAGGUAUUCAGGGAGACCGCGGGGAACCAGGACUGCCCGGCUUACCAGGAUCUAGGGGUGCACAAGGAUCAACAGGGCCCAUGGGGUAUGCUGGUGCACCAGGACCAGCAGGACCUAUAGGUCAUCCUGGGAGCCCUGGGUUGAAGGGGAAUCCUGCUGUGGGAAUAAAAGGACAAAGGGGAGAGCCGGGUGAAGUUGGCCGGCAUGGUCCUCCUGGGCCCACCCUGUUUAUACAACCACCUGAUUUGAGUCUCUAUAAAGGAGAAAAGGGUAUAAAAGGAAUUCCUGGAAUGAUUGGACCUCCAGGACCUCCAGGACGCAAGGGAGAGCCUGGUAUCGGGACAAAAGGAGAGAAAGGUAUUCCCGGGUUUCCAGGACCUCGGGGUGAGCCUGGUUCCCAUGGAUCUCCAGGUUUUCCAGGAUUCAAGGGGGAACAAGGAGCAGCUGGAGAUCCUGGGAUGUUCGGAUUUCUUGGUCCAAAGGGGGAUCCUGGAGAUCGCGGAUACCCAGGACCACCAGGCGUCUUGCUAACUCCCUCUCCUCCACUCAAAGGUCCUCCAGGGGACCCAGGCCCCCCUGGCCGCUAUGGAGAAAUUGGAGACGUUGGGCUACCAGGUCCUCCCGGGCCCCCAGGCAGACCAGGGGAAACUUGUCCAGGCAUGAUGGGACCUCCUGGACCACCAGGGAUUCCUGGUCCUCCAGGAUUUCCAGGGGAACCUGGUAUUCCUAGAAGAUUCGACUGUGCCCCAGGAAAACCAGGGAAGCCAGGACCACCUGGCCUGCCUGGAGCACCAGGACCAGAGGGCCCCCCUGGAUCAGAUGUUAUAUAUUGUAGCCCUGGGUGCCCUGGACCAAUGGGAGAAAAGGGAAAGAUGGGUCCACCAGGAAGAAGAGGAGCCAAAGGAGAAAAAGGAAAUGAGGGACUCUGUAGCUGUCCACCUGGUCCCAUGGGACCCGCUGGCCCUCCAGGACUUCCUGGAAGACAAGGAAGUAAAGGAGACUUAGGGCUUCCUGGCUGGCACGGAGAAAAGGGUGAUCCAGGCCAGCCUGGUGCUGAAGGACCUCCAGGGCCACCAGGAAAACCUGGUGCCUUGGGGCCUCCUGGCCACAAAGGGGCAAAGGGUGACAUGGUCACAUCAAGAGUGAAAGGGCAAAAGGGAGAAAGAGGACAUGAUGGGCCACCAGGAUUUCCAGGACCACGUGGACAAGAUGGUCAGGAUGGACGUGCUGGAGAAAGAGGGGAUCCCGGCCCCCCAGGCGGCCAUCAGGAUGCAACCCCGGGUGAGAGAGGGCCUCCCGGACUGCCUGGUCCUCCAGGGAAUGCAGGACCUGUGGGUCCUCCAGGCCUGGGAUUUCCAGGCCCACCAGGAGAGAGAGGCCGACCAGGAGAGCCGGGGCGUCCAGGCAUGAGGGGCUUUGAUGGCAUGAAGGGGCAGAGAGGUGACACCAUUUCUUGUAAUGUAACCUACCCAGGGAAUCCAGGCCCUCCAGGUUUUGAUGGACCUCCAGGUCCGAAGGGGUUUCCAGGUCCCCCAGGUGCUCCUGGUAUGAGAUGUCCAGAUGGGCAGAAAGGUCAGCAGGGCAAACCAGGAAUGCCUGGAAUUCCAGGUCCACCAGGUUUUCGUGGUGACAUGGGAGAUCCAGGAAUUGGAGGUGAAAAGGGGACCUCCCCUAUUGGGCCCCCAGGUCCACCUGGGUCUCCUGGAAUAGAUGGCCAGAAAGGAUUCCCAGGAGACCCUGCAUUUGGUGACCCAGGACCCCCUGGAGAUAGGGGUCUUCCAGGAGUGCCAGGCAUGAAAGGGCACAAAGGUUACCCAGGAUGCCCUGGGGCUGAAGGGCCACCUGGCAUCCCUGGAUCUCCAGGUCUCAAAGGUCCCAAAGGCAGAAAAGGAAGUCCUGGGUUUCCAGGGAUCCCAGGACCCCCUGGCCAUUCCUGUGAAAGAGGUGCUCCAGGGAUCCCAGGCCAACCAGGACUUCCUGGAGCUCCCGGCAGUCCAGGGGCCCCAGGUUGGAAAGGCCAGCCAGGAGACAUGGGGCCUUCUGGACCAGCUGGAAUGAAGGGCCUCCCUGGCCUCCCAGGCCUCCCAGGAGCAGAUGGUCUCCGAGGGCCUCCUGGGAUCCCAGGCCCCACUGGGGAAAGUGGCCUUCCUGGCCUUCCAGGUCCAAAGGGACACCCAGGGCUGCCUGGCUACCCUGGUUUUCCAGGAGAAAGAGGAAGGUCAGGCCCUGAUGGACAACCUGGAAGAAAGGGAGAAAUCGGAGAGAAGGGCUGGCCUGGCUUGCAGGGAGACCUGGGAGAGAGAGGUGCCAAAGGAUCCAGAGGACCUCCCGGUGAUGCAGGAGAAGCAGCCAUCAUUUCCCCAAAGGGGGAUCCCGGGGACACUGGCCCUCCAGGAGAUGAUGGGUUCCCAGGACAGAGAGGUGAUAAAGGAAGCCCAGGGACACAAGGGGGAAGAGGAGAUCCCGGAAGAGAUGGACCACCUGGGCUGCACAGGGGACCGCCUGGGACAAAUGGGUUCCCUGGGCCUCCAGGUCCCCCUGGCCCUCCAGGCCCACCUGGACUAAAAGGAGUCAUUGGUUUUCCAGGAUUUCCAGGUGACCAGGGUGAUCCAGGUCCUCCAGGCCCCCCUGGACUCCCAGGAGAUGACGGAGCAAGAGGACCUAAAGGAAACAAAGGUGACCCUGCCAGUCAGUGUGGUCCAUCUGGUCCGAAGGGUGAGCCAGGUAGCCCUGGAUACCAAGGACAUCCAGGAGCCCCUGGAGACCAAGGCUUUCCUGGAGCUGAAGGACAUAGAGGACCACCAGGCAGACCUGGACAGCCAGGCUCUUCUGGACCACCAGGGUGUCCAGGUGACCCAGGGAUGCCUGGGCAGAAGGGCCAUCCAGGAGAAAUGGGAGACCCUGGGCCAAGAGGUUUCCCAGGAGAUUUAGGGAGGCCAGGUCCUCCUGGAGUAAUAGGGCCCCCCGGGUCUCCUGGUCUGAAUGGCUUACACGGUCUCAAGGGUGAGAAAGGAGCCAAAGGUACCUCAGGUUUGCAUGAAAUGGGUCCACCUGGGCCAAUGGGAAUGCCUGGGUUAAAGGGAGAGAGAGGAGACCCUGGGAGUCCAGGAAUUUCUCCUCCAGGCCUUUCUGGAGAAAAAGGGCUCCCAGGACCCCCAGGGAGACCAGGACCACCUGGUCCCACUGGUGCCCCAGGAAGAGCUGCUAAAGGUGACAUCCCUGAUCCAGGUCCUCCUGGAGACUGGGGACCUCCCGGCCCUGAUGGCCCAAGAGGAGCACCUGGGCCUCCGGGCUCCCCUGGGAAUGUCGACCUUCUGAAAGGGGAUCCAGGGGACUCUGGUUUGCCUGGACCACCGGGCUCCCGAGGCCCACCAGGCCCUCCAGGGUGUCAGGGUGCCCCAGGAUGUGAUGGCAAAGAUGGCCAGAAAGGACCCAUGGGAUUCCCAGGGCCUCCAGGGCCACCUGGUCUUCCUGGAGCACCUGGAGAGAAGGGAUUACCUGGUCCUCCAGGCAGAAAAGGGCCCGUAGGCCCUCCAGGCUGCAGAGGUGAACCCGGGCCUCCUGUCGAUGUGGACUCCUGUCCUCGAAUCCCAGGACUUCCUGGAGUGCCAGGUCCCAGAGGACCAGAAGGAGCUGUGGGGCACCCUGGACAGAGAGGACCCCCUGGACCAGGGUGCAAAGGAGAGGCUGGGCUGGACGGCAGGAGGGGCCAGGAUGGCAUCCCUGGACCUCCUGGGCCUCCGGGACGCAAAGGUGACACUGGAGAGGCUGGCUGCCCUGGAGCACCAGGCCCUCCUGGUCCACCUGGUGAUCCUGGGCCCAAGGGUUUUGGCCCUGGAUACCUCAGUGGCUUCCUCCUUGUUCUCCACAGUCAGACAGAUCAAGAACCUAUCUGCCCUGUGGGUAUGCCCCAGCUUUGGACUGGGUACAGUCUGUUGUACAUGGAAGGACAAGAGAAGGCACACAAUCAAGAUCUUGGUUUGGCAGGGUCUUGUCUCCCUGUGUUUAGCACACUGCCCUUUGCCUACUGUAACAUCCACCAAGUGUGCCACUAUGCCCAGAGAAAUGACAGGUCCUACUGGCUGUCCAGUGCUGCUCCUCUUCCUAUGAUGCCGCUCUCAGAGGAAGAGAUCCGCCCUUACAUCAGCCGUUGCGCUGUGUGUGAGGCCCCAGCACAGGCAGUGGCUGUCCAUAGUCAGGACCAAUCCAUCCCACCGUGUCCACGGGCGUGGAGGAGCCUCUGGAUCGGGUACUCGUUUCUGAUGCACACCGGAGCUGGGGACCAAGGAGGAGGACAGGCACUCAUGUCACCCGGCAGCUGCCUGGAGGACUUCAGAGCUGCACCGUUCCUUGAAUGCCAGGGCCGACAGGGAACCUGCCACUUCUUUGCAAAUGAAUACAGCUUCUGGCUGACCACUGUCAGCCCAGACCUGCAGUUUUCCAGUGGCCCGUCACCGGACACCUUGAAAGAUGUGCGGGCCCAGCGCCAGAAAACCAGCAGGUGCCAGGUCUGCAUGAAGUACAGCUAGAGGAUUCUAAACAUGCCAACGGGCAUCAACAGAGACAUCCCAGGGAGGGAGAAAGAUUCCCCCCAACGAUUCUGGCAAAUCCCGUGGUGCUCUCUCCUGUUUCCUUCAGCCAUGCCUUGUCUCAGCAUGGUUACUCCCGGAAAAGGUCCUCCUUUUCCUCGCUACAGGUCAAGCAGACACACGCUGCACACACACAUUUGUUUGGCGCCCAUCGAUCUAGAUGAAACCCACACAUUCUCCUCUUAUUGAGAUGAUGGAAGAACAGGCUUUAUUUGAACAUGUGUUAAUUCCCAGAAAAGCGAGUGAAUGACAACGACCAGAUUAGAAAUGACCGAAAACUUCAUUCAUUGGUUGGUAGAGUCUCAAACAACUGAAGUCAAUUAUUCUGCAAUCCAUUGGACUCCUGGCUAGAUUUUACAGGAACAAUAUAAAUAGGCCAACAAAUGAAGCUACGAAGUAGAGAUUUGCAGUGUUUCAAAAUGAUUUCCUCUAUAAUCUAUUUUUUUUCUUAACCAUGCACUUUAAAUAAUUGUGGGACCAUGGCCCAAAGAGGUUUUUAAAAAGAGGAAGAAAAGAAAAACAGCCUCUCUCCACUGCCAGUAUUAGCGGUUCAUUUCAAAGCAGAGUGAGUCAUUUUGCCAGGAAGGCCUGCAGUCCUGUAUUCCAGGGCCUCGACAUUAGCAUAAACACUUCGCAGAUGAAUAUAAAACAUUAUGUUCUCUUCUGCAUUUUACAGAGAAUAGAAAUGCCUACUUUGGCAACCCUUUUGAAAAGUAGCAAUUAUUGAAAAAAUAUAUUCAAUAAGGGAUUAGGGGCCUAAAAGCUAUUAAUGAAUAUUAAGGUAGUGAUUCACAAAAAUUGACUCCCGGUCCCAGGGAACCUGCAAACAGACCACUUUUCCCCAGUCGGGGGCCAGCGUGUCCUCCUGCUAAUGGGACUGAAGCCACAUGGGGCUUACUCAGGCAAUCCAGAGGCUGAUACAAAGCCUCUUGCUCUCCUCCCCAGGAGAACCUGCGAGGCUCCUCCUCCCCAUGCAUAAUGGCUACCGACUCCUGAAGUGACAGGACUAUCAUUAUGCACUUGGGAGAAAAUUAAGGGCUGGCUUAAUUAAACUUAGGUAAGAAGAUCCAUUUAUGUCAGGGUCACCCCACCAGGAAGGCAUGGGGUUCUCUGGAACAGAAACAAAGACAAUAUCCAAUCUGAAUUUUGUGUUUCUGAUUCUUUUUUUUUAAUGGGAGCAUCCUUCUCGCCAAUUUUCAAACAUUCUUUAUAUUAAAUUAGCAUCAUGGCAAGACGGCUGCUUGACACUGGGCCUUAGCAGCUCCUGCAUGCUGUUAGCUAGGAUCCAUGUCAAUUUGCAGUGAUUUUUCUGCAUACCAAAAGGUCUGUGGGCUACUAAGCCAGGGAUCCCUACAAAUCACAAUUUAAAAGCUUGGCUAGAAAAGAUUUUUUUUUUUUUUUUUUUGGAACUCACUUUCCUCAGCUAAAGUAAAAUUGUCAUUUUAAUAGAGAGAAAGGAUUUUCCCCUGAGAGUGACACUCAUGUCAGAGCUCACUUUCCAGUGCACUUAAGAAUAAUUGAAAGAAAAACUCAAUUAAAAUUGUGUUUCUGGGGCUGGAGAGAUGACUCAGUAGUUAAGAGCACUUACUGUUCUUGUAGAGGGUCUGAACUCAGUUCCUAGCGCCCAGGUCAGGUGGCUCAUAGUCACCAUUAACUCUAGUUCCUCUUCUGGCCUCCAUGGGCACUCGUACACAUGCAAAUACUCACCCACAGACACAUAGUUAUACACAUAAUUAAAAACAAAGUAAAUAAAAAAAAAUUCUAAGACAUGUUUUCUUUGCUAUCCUUUGGUCAAUGAUGAUCUCCUUAAUGCAGAAUACAUUUAGUGUUUUGCUGUAGGCUUCCUGUGGGGUGGCAGUUUGAAGAGAACUUUCUGGUAAAUACCAUCUAUUUUAUUUUAUUAUUUUUUAAGCUAGCACCUCAGUCUGAAGUCCAACUUGGCCCAGAACUCACUACAUAACCUCAUGCUGGCUUCAAAAUCUUGGCUAUUGUCUGGAGCCUCCAAAGUGCUAGGAGUUCAGCUUUUUUUUUUUUUUUUUUUUUUUUUAAGAAACACGGUUUUUGUUUUGUUUUCAAGACACUGAAUUGUCCUAGUCUGGAACUAACUACGUAACCAGGGCUGAAUGUCUCUAUUUUUAACAUGAAAUAUUAUCUUAAUGUAGCAGAAUAUUUCCUAUUGACCCAUUUGAGUUUUGAGUUCAUGCUAUGCAUGUUCAAUAUUUUGAGCAUCUGUAAUCGAAGCCUAUUUCUUCUUUAUGUGCAUUACUCUUAUGUUUCCAGAAUCUUUAUCACCCCAAACCAGGCCUCCUGAAAGUUCAUCAUGAACUUGGUCUGAGAACAUGUCCGAGGAAGAGGUGAGGGGAACAGGUGAACCACUAUAGUGCACACGGCUUGCUACACAACUACGUCAAAUCCUUCAACUUUGCGCUUAGGAUAGUGACAGGCUUCACAAAUACGUUAGGACUGGCUGAAUAAGGAGGGCAGCUUAGCCGCCUGAGAUAGCAAGCAUGAAGCAGUUCAAAGUAUUGAUCCCACGGCCCCCCUCUGAAUACGGCAUGGAUCAGAAAUAUAUUUUGAAAGGGUCCAGAAGGGCAAAAUAAUAGGAAGAACAUUCUUGGGACAGAGGAGCAUGUUAUUUUUAAAGUUAUUAUCUCUCUUUCCAUCUGGCUAUAUAUCAAUGUUUUUGGAACAGCCUUGCUCAGUGGGGACCAUGAACAAAGCUUUGUAGUUAUCCUAACCUAUUACUGUGAUGGUCUUAUCUAAACCUCGUUUUCAAGACCUCCACCCUUGACUGGCUGGAAUGUGCCUAGGUCCCAAAUGAGAAUUACUUUGAGGCCCCAUCCUAGAGCACCGACUAGAUGCUUCCUUCUGGGUCUUCAUUCUUGGUAAGGGGAACCCAUCAGUCCUGCAGGUUGUCCAUGCUGCAUGUGGUCUGUUCCUCAAGCUGAAACUUACAUCCCUGCUUGGGUGGGCUGCUCCUCCCUCUCCAUGCUUCUUGCAUCUCGUACACAGCUUUCCACCUAGUCUCUCACAGGAGAUAUCUCCAGUGUGGAAUCCCAGCCAUACUCUAAGUUCCACCCAAAUUAGAUUGUGUUAUCUUUUGGCUUCAGAUACACAAUGACCGCACUGCUUGUGCAGUUCAAAUGACUUCACAUGGGGUGAAAGGUCCCUGGUGGACUGUGAGGCUUAUGCCUGUGAGUGUCUCUUGUCAGCAUGAGCUGGACACAGCUCUGUGACCGAUCACAUACCUUUGUGUCUUUGGCUCCUCUUUCUACCAUCAAUGUCCUCCCUUGGGUCCAUUGGUUCAGUAGACACGUUUAUCCUAGCACAAUAGAUUAGUGUGGAUAUAUGAACUUCCCAAAGAGACUUGGGUGGGGGGAGGAGGGCUGUGUGCUCUCCAUCACUUCUCUAAAGCGUCUCAGCGCACUUCUUUCAUUCCCUGGUUAAAAACCGAAGCCCUUGUGGGGCAGGGACCAUGCUUUGCUAGUCUUUGGAUGUCCAGGGUUAGCAUAGGAAUGUGCCUAUUACUGACUCAAUUCUGUCAUUCAGUGACAAUUUCCUAUGCCUUAUUAAGCCUUUGGUGUUCCUCUCUGCAUAUAAGAUCUCAUUGGUCAAAGGGUGCCCAGCACAAUAAGCCUUUCUUACUUCAGGAUAUCAGAAGGUUAAACAUACCCACAUAUUCCACAAGCUCCUAAUACAAUUAUCACUGUAGUGCCAAUCAACAAGCACUGACCCCUCUUCACUCCAUCAUUAAUUACUUCCUGAUGAACUGAAAUUUCAGAGAUGAGAUCUGCUCUGAGAGUUGGCAGAAAGAAGAUCCUCCGCUGAAGUGACAUGACUCAUGCUACAAAUCUGUAUUCCCUAAUGAUUUAAGGGCUUCUUGGCACCAGGUUUGCCUCUGUGUAUGUUUUUGUGUGUUUUGAGUGCUUAGAAAAAGUCAGCAGAAUGGCCCCUGAGACUUGAACUUCCAUCAGAGAGUUUCUUUGGUACUUCCUGCAGGUUGCCACCGAACAGACCACUCUCCUUUGUGGUCAGGGCUUCUACCAGCCCACUGGAAUAAUUUCACAGUCGUCUAUUUUACUUGGUAUGGUUAUAAGAAUAGUGGGAAAAGGAGGACUCCAAACGGGUUGGACCCAGAUUUCAAUCCAUGUGUCCCUUCCCAGUUGUGUUGCCGUGGGUGAGUUCUGCUGAAUUUCCCUCGUUUAUAAGGUAGGACAUUACAUUCCUGUUGAAAAUUAAGGUUGGAUUAUUGCCUAGCUAGUGCAUAGCAGUCACCAUGCACCAAUUAUGGUCACAUCUUCUAUUUAAAAUAAGGUAUUUAAUAUGGAAACUAUUUCUUGCCUUCUCCCCCCCCACAACAAAAAUUACAUGUUGAUUCUCACAGGGGAUAUAAAUUACUGAUUAGAAUAAUUCAUACCUAGCCAGUUCUUAACAUCUUUGGGAAUGCUCCUUUAUUUCAAUUCUCGAAGUUAUUGUACCACAAAAAGUUAUCACAAUUUCCUGCAGGGACAUUAUGAGUAAGGUCUGCAGGGAACAAACAAUUGACAUUAAAAAAAUCAGCAUUCUAUAAUUGUCACUGUUAUCUGCAAGAAAUUCUGCAUAAUGCAUUUUAAACCAGGCGUCUAGCUGCCACAUCCAUGUGAAAUGCUUGAAUUUUUAUGGUGCUUAAAUAUUUAAUGAUUCAUUGGGAAAACGUGAAACAUGUCUGGGAAACUGCAUCCCUUUCUCUAGCCUGUGGUUUAAGAGUAAAAAAUUUUGAUCACGCAACUUUUGCAAGAUACUUGAUCUACUACUGACACAUAAAUAUUUGCUGUAUUGUCACUUAUGUUAUAGUUCAUUAUAUAUAAAAUCGUGUGACAGCUUCCAAAACCACUGUUUUCGAUGAAUGUAUUUUCUUUUAAGCCCAAGUGGGUUUCCUUUUAUAUGUAUAUGUGUUCUUGUAUACAGAUACAUGUAUGCAUGAA